AUCUAAAAUAUCUCUCUCUGAUUAUUCGAGUAUCGAUGGUGAUCCCUGUAACCAUAAUGGGUAUCGAUUCUCACUUUGAGAUAUGGAAACGUGGAACUCUUUCUAAAGCUCUCAAAGCAUCGGAAUCGGAAUCGGAUUCUUUCCUAUCUUUUCCACAAAUUUUACCUUUCAAGAAUCUGCUACAGCUCAAUGAUUUGGACCCUCAAUGCUUAUAAAUAGAGAGGCUUUUCUUCUAUUCCUUGUGGUGUUUGAAACACUGUUUGCUGGUGUUACAUGAAAAGCUGCUGCUAUGGCAUCUUCAAAGGCUACCAGCUCUACCCAGGUUCCUCGGGCUCAUCAUUUUGAGCUUGUGGAAGGCAUGCAACUUCAGAUUAAUGUGACUGGAUCUUCAAGUGGACGAAAUGCUAGAAUUGAACUUCAACUUAAGAACUGUACAACGACUUGGAUACUCCAUUGGGGUUAUCUUUACCGUGGAAAUGUAAACUGGUUCAUUACUGUGGAUCAUCCUUCAGGGACAACACCUUACAUGCAAGGUGCAAUGCAGACACCAUUUAGGAAGAAUGGAGAAGUAUAUUUAUUAAUCAUUGAGUUGCGGGACCCUAACAUACAUGCUAUUGAAUUUGUUUUGAAAGAUGGCAGUCGGGAUAGAUGGUUGAAAUUAAACCAUGGGAAUUUUCGGAUAGAGAUACCUGAGAAUGAUCCUACUCCUUCUCAUCCCCCUAUUCCAAAGGAUCUUAUAGAUCGCAAGGCGUAUUUACUAUGGGAAAGCAGGGGUAGGCCAAUAAGCUCACCACAGCAACAAAAGAAAGAUUAUGAUGAUGCUUUGAGAGAGCUCCAAAGUCAGCUGUCCAAGGGCUUAUCCUUGAAUGAGCUGCAGAGUAGUUAUCUAACUGCUGGUGCCAGUACUAGAUUUACGACUAAUAAUAGAGAAGAAUUUAGGAGUCGUAUUCCAUACUCUUACCGAAGGAGACAUAAUGUUGAGCAAUGGUUGCAAAAGCACUCUGAGGGACACAUGAGGGUGCAGUCGUCAGCGUUGUUGAAUCUUAUAGAGAAAUCCAUGGGAGGAGAUAUUGUGGUCUCACGGCAAAGUUAUCAUGUUGGAAACUAUGAAAUUGUGGUCCUUCUAAAAGUUGUUUGGGGUGACUAUCACAUUUUGGUCGCUACAAACAUGAAAGGUUCUGCAGUGCUUCACUGGGGCGUAUCAAAGUUGUCCCCUGAGGAAUGGUUGGCCCCCCCACCAGAUAUGUUACCUGAAAAAUCAAAGAUGGUUUCUGGAGCAUGUCAAACUUAUUUUACAGAGACAUCAACUGGAAAAGGAUUCUUUCAGGUCGUGGAUGUUAAUUUGCAGAAAAGGACUUUUGUGGGUAUCCAAUUUGUGAUAUGGACAGGUGGAUCUUGGAUCAAAAAUAAUGGGAAAAAUUUCUUUGUCAGCCUGAAACCAAUGAAACCUAGUGGGAAGAUUGAUAGGGAUGGGGAAGGAAUUGUCAGAUGGUUACUCGAUGAAAUAUUUAGAAGAGAAAAAGAGGCUGAGAGGUCAUUGAUGCACAGGUUCAACAUUGCAACAGAGUUGAUGGAGCUUUGUAAAGCUGAAGGAGAACUUGGGCUUAUUGGUAUAUUAGUCUGGUUUAGAUUCAUGGCAUGCAGGCAUCUCACAUGGAACAAGAAUUAUAAUGUUAAGCCUCGUGAAAUCAGUGAAGCUCAAGAUAAGUUUACCAAUAUACUACAGAGAAUAUAUUUGAACCAGCCAAAUGAUCGGGAAAUUGUGAGACUUGUAAUGACAUGUGUUGGUCGUGGAGGUCAGGGUGAUGUUGGGCAGAGAAUCCGUGAUGAAAUACUUGUGCUUCAGAGAAAUAAUGACUGCAAGACUGGAAUGAUGGAGGAAUGGCACCAAAAGUUACACAAUAAUAGUAGCCCAGAUGAUGUGAUCAUUUGUGAGGCACUCUUAAAUUAUGUGAGAAGUGGUUUUAGAAUUGAUGUUUAUUGGCAAACAUUAAAUGCAAAUGGUCUCACCAAAAAAAAGCUUGCAAGCUAUGACCGUCCAAUUGUGUCAGAACCUCACUUCAGGACUGAUGCUAAGGAGGGACUCAUCCAUGAUCUUACAGCGUACUUGAGGACAUUAAAGGCUGUUCAUUCAGGUGUUGACCUUGAAUCCGCAAUUGAAACUUGUUUGGGUUCCUCUGUCAAGGGUUCAGUAGAUUCUGUUGGUGGUUUGUCACUAAAGUUGCAGGACUGCCUGAAUUUUGUCAAAGCACAUGUUGGUGAUGAAAAUAUUGGACCACUUAUGGAGAAGUUACUGGAAUCUCGCAUUGAGCUUCGUUCCCUUCUGCUCACUUCUCAUGGAAGAUUAAAAGAUUUACUUUUCCUUGAUCUUGCUUUAGCUUCAGCUGUUAGAACAAGUAUGGAAAGGGGAUUCAAGGAUCUAAACUUUGCACAUCCACCAGAGCCAAUGUUCUUCAUGUCCUUAGUACUUGAAAGUUUAUGUCUGUCAACAGUCAACAAUGAAGAUUUUAUCUACUGCACUAAGGAUUGGUACCGAGUGUGUGAACUAUACACUAAUGAUGGUCAGUGGGCAUUACAAACAAAGGCUGUCCUUGAUCGACUACAACUAGUUCUUUCUGAAAGGUCUCAGAAUUACCAGAAAAAGAUCCAGCCUAGUGCAGAAUACCUUGGUAAUAUGCUAGGUGUUGAGAAAUGGGCGAUAGAUAUUUUCACGGAGGAGUUAGUAAGGGCAGGAUCAGCUGCUAUUCUGUCUUCUCUCAUCAAGCAUUUUGACCCCAUUGUUAGAAAAUUUGCAAAUGUGGGCUGUUGGCAGGUUAUCAGCCCUGUGGAAGUAUGUGGUUUUAUAGUUUCUGUUAAUGAGUUAAUUACUACUCAGAGCAAAGUUUAUAGAAGACCAACCAUUAUAGUUGCGAGUAGAGUAACAGGGAAUGAGGAGAUUCCAGAUGGGGUUGUUGCUGUGCUGACCCCUGAUAUGCCAGAUGUUCUGUCUCAUGUUGCUAUUAGAGCAAGAAAUUCCAAGGUAUGUUUUGCCACAUGCUUUGAUCCGAAUAUUCUUAGAGAUCUCAAAUUGAAAGAAGGCAAAGCAGUAUCAAUACGUCUGAAGUCAACAAAUUUAGUUAUCAGUGACAUCAGUAGCUUCAAUGUUUCUCAAGAUUCUUUUGUUUCUUUCUCCAUUCCUCGAGGAAUCUCCCUUAAAAGGAAGCCUUUCUGUGGUAAAUAUGCUGUUUCAGUUGAGGAGUUCACUAGCGAGAUGGUUGGUGCAAAAUCUUGCAAUACUAAAUUUUUGAGAGGAAGGGUGCCAUCAUGGAUUAAAAUUCCAAUGUCAGUUGCCCUACCAUUUGGAGCCUUUGAGACUGUUCUAUCAGAAGAUGUCAAUAAGGAUAUAGCAAAUAAGAUUGCUCAGUUCAUGAAAUAUGUACAUCACGGUGACCUUUCAAAACUUCAAGCAGUACGGGAAUCUGUUCUACAAAUGAAUGUUCCUUUAUCUUUGACCUAUGAACUUAAGAGCAAAAUGAGAAGUUCAAGAAUGCCAUGGCCUGGUGAUGAAGGCGAGGAGAGGUGGCAUCAUGCUUGGCAAGCAAUAAAGAAGGUUUGGGCUUCAAAGUGGAAUGAAAGAGCAUAUGUUAGUUGCAAGAAAGCUAAGUUGGAUCAUGGAAAUCUGUGCAUGGCUGUAUUGGUUCAAGAAAUUAUAUGUGCCGAUUAUGCUUUUGUGAUACACACAAAGAACCCCUUAUCAGGAGACACCUCAGAGAUUUAUACUGAGAUUGUGAAGGGCCUGGGAGAGACUUUGGUGGGUGCAUAUCCUGGACGCGCCAUGAGCUUCAUUACCAAGAAGACCAAUCUAAUGUCUCCCAUUGUCAUUGGCUACCCAAGCAAGUUAAAAGGGUUAUAUAGUAAGCAGUCUGUUAUAUUCAGAUCAGACUCAAAUGGUGAGGACCUGGAAGGAUAUGCAGGUGCUGGGCUUUAUGACAGCAUAGUAAUGGAUAAAGAGGAGGAAGUUGUGUUAGACUACUCCAAGGAUCGGUUGGUAGUUGAUAAAGCUUUCCAAGUCUCACUUUUCUCAAAAAUUGCAGAGGCAGGAAAAAUCAUAGAAGGCCUUUAUGGUCGUCCUCAGGACAUUGAAGGGGUGGUAAAAGAUGGAAUAAUAUAUGUGGUUCAGACAAGGCCACAAAUCUAGGUUUAGUAAAUGAACAUGAUGUUUCAAUCUAUUUGUCUUGAAAUUUUUUAGAUAAAAUUUUCAUCCCACUGAUAUAAUAAAUAUUUCAAGUUCCUUCA